ACCACAGAUAUGCAGUUUUUCCUUCUUCCCAACAUUUCCACUAUAUGGAUUUUUACAUUUUUAAACAAGAGGCCUCCUCGUUGCAGAUGUCUAAGUAACUAGAGAGAAAAGAAGACUUGUUUGAAAAGAGAAUUGUAUUAUUUUUAACCAAUACAUUGCUUGGCAAGAAAUUGUCUAAUGCCUUUGUGGAAUAUAUCCCUCCAUUAUUUUACUUUAUAUUCCUUUGCUAUCAGACACAUAUUGCCAAGAGAGAUCAGGCAUGAACACCACUUCAUAAUAUUCUUCUUGCAGGUACAGUACAUUUGAAUUACACAAGUUGAUCAUUUAGCUGUAAAAAUAUGAAGGUUGCUGUCUUGGACUUGGGAACUGUCUUUGCUAAAUUCUUCAAACCAAUUGUAUCACCUAUAAGUCCAGGACCAACUGGCAAUCCGUUCCCUCAAGGUUCUAGUGCAGCAAGCUCUUCUGGAACCUCAACCCCUUCCCUGGCCCACAAAUCACCCUUCCUUCUACUGUCUGCCCCACCGUCACCUCUGCACAUCUUCAACACAUCCACUCCUUCCUUCUCUUCCCUGCCUCGCGUUCCCUCUGGGAAAACUGUGACUGCGAGUGGAAUUUCUGCACCCAGUAGUCCAGCUCAUUCAACAAAGCCCCAGCAUUCAAACGCAACAGCCAACAGCGUGGCACCACUUCUACAGGUAUAUGAGGAACCAUGGGCAGGUCCACAACCUACAGCUUCAUCUCCAACACCACCAACUACAAUUCUUGUACGCCCGGCUCCCACAAGUACCAUCCCAACAGUACCUAGUAUGCAGCCAAACAUAUCCAGUCGAUCGCCAAGACUUCAAGAGACCUCUGUUUCUGUGUGGAAUACCAAGUCCAUGCUUUUUACCCUACCUGAUAUUGGGGAGGAGACCACUGACUAUGAAGACAGCCACCACAGCCAGGGAAAAGGAUUGCGUCGUGGAAACGCUGAUCCUCGCCUCUCAGAGAAAGGUGGAGACCUUCUACCGGUGCAUUUUACAAGGCCUGUACAGGAAGCCAUCCAUAACUACACAUGUGAAUCGGUUUCAUCUCUGUCUUCCAGCGGACAAACCACCCCAACAGACCUAAAUAACUCCUGGUCAGGGAUACAAAGCUAUACUACUGGACUGUCCACUGAGAGGAGCUCUGUCUAUUCCUGGAGAGAUGAUGAGUUUGAUAAAGCCAACACGCAGAGAGUUCAUCAACUAUUCUGGGACGUUGAUGAGAUGCUGUUUGAAGACAGCGUGACUUCUCAGAAUAAGAACCUGCAAGCAGAGUGUAAGGACUGGACCAAGAGAUCUCUUCACCUUAGAAUAUUGGGAAACCAACUUAUUUUUCCAAAGGAUGAAGGCUUCCAGCAUUUUCAGAGCAAGACUUCAAAUUACUCAUCUACAAGUCCCAAAAGUAUUGUUGAGAGCUCUAAUUCCUUGAAACAGCUCUGUGUCUCUGGGUCACGGCUAGUUCCUGCAGCAUCGCCAUUGCAAAGAACUGACGAGUCCACAUCCAGCACAAGUUCUCUGGGUUCUGAGUUUUCAGUGUAUUCAUUCCUGGAGGAAGAGAUCUAUGAUGCAGAUGGCAGUAUUGAGGAAUAUCUCGCCUAUGACAGCAGAGAGCAUGAUGAUGAGGGAUUGGACCCGAGCAAAGCUCAGCUUCGCCAAAAGAAGUCAUGGCGUGGUAUACCCCCCGUCUCUCCCAAUGACUGCAUCAUAGACGCAGUGGCUGCAGAAGCCUUUGAUGACACCUGGAGAAGUGUUGCAGAGUCCAUGCAAGAACUAAUCAUUAAAUCGUGGGAGGAUGCUACAGAGAACAUAAAAAAAGCAGGAAUGAGUCAUAUAUCUGCAAACAAGUAUCUUCAGCUACCAGUUCCACGGAUUAUGUCAGGGACAACAGGAAUUCCUCCAUCACGGGGCUCUGAGGCUCGGAGCAUGUCAUUUGGCUCCUAUGUGUUUACUUCUCAGGUGCAUCGUAAUUUCAGCAGUGACUUAAAUGGAGUAAUGACAAUACAAGCUAAACCUCUACAACAUCGUCAUGCUGGACUGGUGGAGAAGACACGUGAACAAGAAGAUAAAUCUUUGAGUAUUAUGCCAAGAGUAAUAAACUCCGCAAGAAAUCGACUGGGAAGGUCAAUUGACAACAGUAUUAUUUCAUCCUCUCGGAUUCUGCAUACCCCUUCUAGGAAGACACCCACGCAAAGAAGACUGCCUGCUCUCACUUUAGAUCCCAUGCGAUCUAAAACACCCAAUGUUUACAGUGAUGAAGUUCUCAGGGGUACAAAGCUAUACACUGGAAUAGACCGAUUAUCAUCCCCAUCAAUCCAAGCCAAUAGGAAUAAAUUACCGCCAAUUAUCUCUGAAACAGCUGACCAGCAUCUGUCCGUUCCCGUAUCUCGGCAUUCAGCUCAAAACAGAGGUAAGCAUUCACACAGUCGGGUAUCUAGCGCGGUGCCUGACACCACAGGACGUCGCCCCCUGCGUGACCGAACAAUAGUUGUGGAACAACUUACAAGGCCCAAUACAACUCACACUUUCAGGUCAGAGACAUCGCACAGAAGAUCUUUUACCCCUAUGGAUUUUGCUAACAAUACAUGGACGGGACAAGCAUUCCUGACAAGUUCACAGUAUCAACCAAAAUCCUUACAGAGGAAUCCAAGUUCAAGAAGAAAAAUUCAAUUGCCAUCUUAAUGAGGAGUAAAAAGAGAGAUGGACAAUGACGUUUUCUAUCUUCUGCUGGUCCCCCAGAAACAAUGUUGUUAAUAUGUUUUUAUCUGUUAAAAACUGAACACCGGCAAGUCUGAGUUAUGAACUCAGCAUUUGUAAUGGGUCACCUGACUUCAGGAGAAUCAACUUUAUUAUACAAAUAGCUGCAGCGAAUGUUAAAACUUGCAUUUGUAGAAUGUCAUAAUAAUAUUUUUAUAAAUGUAAUAUAUUAUUUGUUAGUCAAUCAAGCACUUUUGAGCUCUAAAAGAUUAUGGGGAGAUUUAUAAAAUCUACUAAAGAAGACCAGUGGAGCAUUUGCACUUAGCAACCAAUUAUAUACUUGCUAUCUUUUAUCUAGUACACAGAACUAGAUUACAUGGGGAUCACAGUGGCACGGUGCCCAGGACCCCCUUUCUCAAAGCCCUUCCCCCCACUGUGCGCUGCCUCUGUUACUGCAUAGCAGCCACUGGGUACUAGGACCCAGCGGCUCUCCACAGAGGCAUGACCUCUGACAUGCGUGGCACCCCACCAUCUCUUCCUCGCCCUUUAGUCCUGCGUAAGUAUAUGUAUAUGUGGUGGGCCCCCCUGUCUUAAGUGCCCGGGACUCUGGAAGGCUUCAUCCGGCCCUGCUAGUGCAUUUCAUGAAAUCUUAGUUACUGUAUGGGCAACACCUUCACACAUUAGAGGUUUUGCUAAAUCUCCCUCUUAAUACAGUAUAGCUGGAUAUAUUUGCUAAAACUUCCUUGCCCAUAGCAAUCAACCUAUAAUUUAUCCUGUACAUUCUAGAAAGUGGUAGCUAGAAUCUGGUUGGAUGCCACAAGUAACACAUCCAUUUUUGCCUUUUUUUAGAAGCCACCUACCUUCAUGAUUCAGUUACUGCAUAAAAGAUGGAUAUUGUGCUUCACAACUUUUGCUUACUUACUGUGCCAGGAGUAUGGUAUGCCCAAAGGAUUUACUCUAUUACAGUGGGCCUGUCACUCAUAGUGAGUCAAGGCAGCUAUUUUGUGGGAUUGUCCGCCAGGAAGGUCACUUCAACCGUGGCUUAGAGCUGCAGGUAGAGUAUGCUACAGUGUACGAUACACAACUUCUUUUAUACUUGGCAGAGUAUCCUAAACAGAUAUUUUAAAUCUCUCUGCCUUGUAUUCUAUUCAAUAAUAGCAGUAAAUGAAAUGAUUGAUUAUCAUGAAGAUACAGUAUUUCAUUUAUAUAAGUACAUGUACGUAUACUUGGCUUGUAUUGGUGGAACAGUUAAUCUAUCACUAGUAAAGCAUGCGUACAAGAUUUAUUGUACAGGUUUUCAGAACACGGACUUCAAAUAUAAACUUAAGAUUGGCAAUGUUAUAAUGACACAUUGGGCCUUAUUCCGAGUCACACGCUAUGCCAGUGGUUCCCAAAUUUCUUGAAUCACGGUGCCCUAGAGUAUCAGCAUUUUUUUCACAGCACCCCUAGGAUAAAAGUUUUUUAUUGAUAAAUUUGGGGAAAAAAUAUUAAAUGAAGUAAAUGGUGCCUACCUGUCAUCCUUAGGGUCAGUUAUGUGGUGGUGUACAGUGGUGUUUCUGAUUGUCCACGUUUUAUUAUUGGCAGCCACUAGCACUGGUUUUGCCUAUCCCUUUGGCCAUAAUAAUUUGAUUUGGUCCUGGACCACCAACCUGAGACACCCCUGCAAGAGCCUCGGACACUCUGUAAUGCUGUUCUUUAUACUUUAUUUGUAAUAAUUAGUAUAUACACAAUUUAAGCCAAUCUAAUUGAAACAGUGUGAAGCUUAAGGGGGGUACUCACGGAGCGAUAUUUUAAGCAAUCUGACUAGAUUGCUUAGAAUUUAAGCAAGAUUGCUCCGUGUCUACCCCAUACAGCGAUAGCGAUGCGCAGCCCCGCGCAUCGGUAUCACUGCUGCUAGAUUGGCCUGCCGUGCAGGCCAAUCUAGCGGGUCGAUCACUUUACCCGCUGGGUGAAAUGAGCGGCCCCCCCGUCUCCCCCCACACGCUCAGCACAGAUCGCGCUGUGCUGAGCGGCGGGAGAGAUGUGUGCUGAGCGAAUCGCUCAGCACACAUCUCUCCCCGAAUCGGCCCGUGGGUACUGAUUGCCUCAGUAGGUCGUUGAGCAUCAUGAUGCUCAGAGAGAGUUGAACAUGAAUCUUAAGACACCCAAGGAAUCAUGCAUCACUAAGGCUGUUUGGUCCGGCUUGUACAGCCUGAACAUGGAAACAGAAGUUUUUUGUUGCCAUAGUGAUGAGUGGUCCCUUGGGCAGUUUAACAUUGGCUGCUGCUUCCUUCCUUCCAUAUAUGGCUUGUUCAGACAGAAGAAUGAAAGAAAAGCGCUCAUACAGUACAAACAUCCUUCAUACACUAAAUUCUAUGAUCAAUGUUCUGAAACUUUAAAAACUUAUACUAAAUACAAACCAAACCUACUGUAUGUAGCAGAUCCUUUUAUUUUUCAGAAGUAUUUUUUUUUAUAGCUGCCACUGUCUAUUCACGAAGAUACAGUGGCCCCGUCAGUCCUGGUGUUUCAUGUCUUAUAUUGGACAGUGUCACGUUCAAAGAAAUGGCUGCGAUCGCAGCUCUGUUUGCAGCUAAGUGAUCACUGGCUGUAAACAGAAGCCAGCCCAUUUCUGUUCCCUGGUUACCCGACUCUGCUUUGAAUAUACCCCUAUGUAUGGUGGCAUCAUGAUCUGUGUAAGGGCUUUCAGAUAAAAACAUCCACCUGGUGUGUUCAAUGAUAGACCUCACUGUCACCACUUUCCCAGUACUGUACACAUUGGCACAUCAGAGUUCUAGAGAACGGUUGAUGGAAACAGCUCUUUUAUCAUAAAGCAGUUAAAAUUGGAGAUAUGUAACAACCCUAAAUAAGUAAUCAUGUUUAGUUUUCACCUGACCACAUACUGUAAGACCAAAUUGGUGCUAUGCGUUAUAGCACAUCUAUGCUUGCAUCACGUUACAUAACUAGCCUUCAGAAUAACUAAGCUGUCGCAGGCCAUAGAAGAGAACAAACCCUAGGAGCAGAAUGCUGCUGCACCAGAUGCAGCUCUCCAGGCACUGAGUCAGGGCAGUAAUACUGUCUCCUUCUCAGCCUUGUGCCCUACUCCACAUCAUUGGUUGCACAACCCCCAUUUUGGUCCUGUAUAGUAGUAUACUAUGUGUACAAAUGCGCUGUUACCCAUAACCACCAAUUAGAUACUUAGGGGUCUAUUUACUAAGCCUUGAACGGAGAUAAAGUACCAGCCAAUCAGUUAAUGGGUGGGGAACCCAUAGUGUGAUGCUGGUAACAGUCCCUAUCUUUAGAAGAUUACAAACAGAUUUGAAAUGCUUCACAGUAUUCAUGUUGUUCUGCCACUGACAGCAGUUUCAUUCAUCUGUAAACUUACCUUUGUAAUGAUGCUCUAAUAAGCCUGAAUGUUACUACCUAUACAGUGCAUAUCUACACAAUAUAUAUGCUUAUAUUUACUUGCCAAAUUAUAUUUUUUAUAACCAUGUACAUUAUGUACCUUUUUAUAUUGUGCUAAUUUUUGUCAAUGAUGUUUCCUUUGAGAUUUUGUGAAAAAUACUUUGUUUCCCUAUAUGCACUGGAAUAAACAGAUUGUUGUGUUUUUUAUUAAAUAUAUGUAUUUAUUACUAAGAUUAAAGUUGUUUGGUGGAUUUUCCCAAAAUGAAAAGAAGAAAGAAAUCUGCAACAUUUGUGACUUUUUCAGUGGCCUGAUAGGUGGCAAACAGCGACAAUGCUGGUAAAUGAAUGUGAGAUAUAGUAUUACGGAUAUGUUGCUAUUUGACCGUGU